UCGCCGCCUCGUCCCGCUUCUCAGCUGAGGCGCCCCGCGGCCAGGCAGCAGAUCCAGGCCUCGGCCGGCGCCGGGCCUCCGGGGCCCUCCCGGGCUCAGCAUGCCCGGGGUGAAGCUGACCACCCAGGCCUACUGUAAGAUGGUGCUGCAUGGCGCCAAGUACCCGCAUUGCGCCGUCAACGGACUGCUGGUAGCCGAGAAGCAGAAGCCGCGCAAGGAGCAUCUCCCCCUGGGCGGCCCAGGCGCCCACCACACCCUCUUCGUGGACUGUAUCCCCCUCUUCCACGGCACCCUGGCCCUCGCCCCCAUGCUGGAGGUGGCCCUCACCCUGAUUGAUUCAUGGUGCAAAGAUAAUAGCUAUGUGAUUGCUGGUUAUUAUCAAGCUAAUGAACGAGUAAAGGAUGCCAGUCCAAACCAGGUUGCAGAGAAGGUGGCCUCCAGGAUCGCCGAGGGCUUCAGCGAUACAGCUCUCAUCAUGGUCGACAACACCAAGUUUACGAUGGACUGCGUGGUACCUACGAUCCAUGUGUACGAACACCACGAAAACAAAUGGCGCUGCAGAGACCCACACUAUGAUUACUGUGAAGACUGGCCGGAGGCCCAGAGGAUCUCAGCAUCGCUCCUGGACAGCCGGUCUUACGAAACGCUCGUGGAUUUUGAUAACCACCUGGAUGACAUUCGGAAUGACUGGACAAACCCAGAGAUCAAUAAAGCUGUUCUGCAUCUGUGUUAGGGAGGGGUUUCAGUGACUGGUCUCUGGGCACUUCCACUACACUGAAGAAGAAAAGCUAUUUUUAAAUGUAAAUAAAGUAUCUCAUAGCCUGUGUGGAAAGCUGACAGUUCUCAGAAGUGGCCUGUGCCUUGAAAGAGGGCAGAAUGUCCCAUCAGUCAUCUUUCUAAUGCAAAGUCUCUAGAACAGGUACAGAGUCUCCAAUCUGACCAUCCCUGUGGAGUCCUUCCCAGCUGUACGUUGCUAAAAUUCUCCGAAUCAAAGCUAUUUCUGCUUGUCCAAGAUUGUUCCUAUUAAACAGUUUUAACUAAUCUUUUAUAAUCUGGAGAGAAUACUUUUUAAGCUUAUGAACUAUCUUUUAAAAAACCUAAACAAACAAACAAAAAACCCAUGUCUUAUACGCAAAUGAGAGUGUGAGUUUUCAUCCUGUUUGAGUUAACGUCGUCCAGUCCUGGGAUCGGGCCGGCGCGUGGCGCGCCGGUGCCGAGCCAUGCCUGAGAACCCGUGAGCUGGUGUCAGAGGCUGCAGCCACAGACAGCACUGCCCCACCUGGUGCCAGGCUCUCGUAGCUACUGCAACUCUACACGUGGGAAUAAUGCCACUGUUGCCUGAGAAACCUUCAUCGUUCAGGGUAAAAACCAACAUCGUUGAGAAGGCAGCUUGGAUAGGAGCCCAGUAUAAUGCUUCUCAACCAGAAAGUUGGGAAACCUUUGGAACCAGAAAGGAAAAAUGGAACUGUGCUAAGAUUAUCUUAAAAAGGCAGGACUCAGUCCUAACUCCCAACUGACUUGCAUGAUUAUCCAAAUGGUUCUAAUUUUUGUCUUCAAAACAGUUGUUUUGUAUUUGAAGCAACAGAAGCAAAACAGAACUUAGGCUCCAUGAGUUUCACAGCAUGCUGUCGGGAAGUGUACUUGAAACAUUUGGUCAGGCUUUUUAACCCAGCCAUAGGAAAUUGAUGGGGGAAUGUUAUGGUUCCGUUGCAGCUUUUUCUUUUAUAUGAAUUAUUUCGUGCAGAGUUCACAGAACCAUACCUUUGCUGCUGUCUUGUAACAAUUGGCGUGAUCUGUUGAAAGGGUUUAUGACAGCGUUCAUUAUUUUUUCUUAACAAGUAGGAAAAACAUUUCAGACAUUGGUUAUAAUACAUGCACUUUAUUUGAUCCACCAAAUUCUCUUUCUUCAAACACCUCUUUAACUUUGUAAACUGACUGUAUUUCACGUGGGGAACACAUGUGAAGGGUGGUGGGUCAAUGCACUUUAUCUUUUUCACUCUCCUCGCUGUGGGUGCCAGGACCACCACAGAUGGAGUGCAGUGGACAGUCUCAUUCCAGAUGGGUUUGUGUUUGUUUCAAACAAGAGAAGAAUCAUCUCCAGCAUUUACCACAGAGAAGGCUGUCUUUCCCUGGGUUUAAAACAAACAUGGGCUCCCUCCAGUUCAGGGUCAAAGGGAACUGGCAGAGCUAUCUGGAAUCACAGGUGUGGCCAAGGCUAGUUUUGGAGGCAUUGCAAACAUAGACUAUUAUUUUCCCUCAUUUUCAUCUCUUUGUGGAAUUCUUGUUCUUGAUUCUCCCACCAGCUUCCCAGGAACAUGUGCCCCUCUCCAGUUUGGAUUUCAGCCUGGAACCGGGUGCCCUUUCUGUGGCUGAGUCAGGCUUACAUUUUCAGAAGAAAGCAUAUUAAGUACUCCAGAGGGAAGAAUGCAUCUGUGAAAAGACAAAAGCAGAUUUCCAAAGUGCAGAUACCUGCUCCUGGAUGCUU